GUGUCCCCUCCCUCAUUAACCCCAGCAGCAGUCGGUUCCUGGAGACAUGCAAGAAAUUGCCGCCUGGGCGUGCUGCGUGCCGAGAAGCCUUGCACAAUUCCCAAGGUUAUCACCUCAGAGAAGAUUUGAGGGUGUCACAAAUCGUAGCUCAGGGAGGGUAUAAAAGAGCCCUCUCCAGCACUGUGCAGCAUCCGAUCCUGCCCGCUCCUCUCCUCACCAUGUCAGUGUCAGAACAAGCCAUCCCCAGGCCCACCACUCGCAAGAUGAAGACUGACCUGGAGCUCGCUCUGGAGUGCGCCAUCAACAUCUACCACCAAUAUGCCAUCAAGAACCCCCGGGAUGACUUCCUGAGCAAGCCAGAGUUUACGCAGCUGUUGAAGGAGACCGCCAAGACCUUCCUCACCCACACCUUGCCGCCUAAGAUGUCCAUCGAUGACUACAUAAACCAGCUCUUUGCCAAAGCAGACAAAAACCGUGAUGGUCGCCUGAAGUUCACCGAGUUCCUCACCACGCUGAACCUUGCAGCCAUUGAUGCCCAUAAAAGGUCCCAUGAGCCUACCAGGGGCCAUGGCCCACAUCCAGUUGGUGGUCACGACCAUGGACAUGACCAUGGACAUGACCAUGGACACGGUCCCCGCAACUGAGGCCGUUCCCAGGGUGGCUGUGCCCACAGAAUUGUACUCUUCCAGCAGCAUCAUCUCUUCCGUUUGCCCACAAGCAUAUAACCAAAGCUGUGUUGUCUGCUUCUGCCUAUGGCAUUGAAAUAAAAUUUCU